AUGGAUUUCAAUAACAAAGUAGUCAUUAUAACCGGUGCAAGUGCAGGCAUUGGAGCUGAUGCAGCAAUUUUCUUCGCUAAACAUUCGGCAACAGUUGUGUUAGUCGGAAGAAAUGAAGGGUCUUUGAUAAACAUUUCAAAGAAAUGUGAGGAAGCCAAAGGCAUUGCACCGCUAGUUAUCAAAGCAGAGCUAACAGAUGACGACGAUGUGAAAGGGAUAGUGUCAAAAACAAUAGAGCGAUUUGGUCGUAUAGAUGUUCUUGUAAACAAUGCAGGUGUUGGAGUUCGAGGUGGCAUUCGUGAUGGUGUGGAAAAACUCGAUCGCGCUAUGGCCACUAAUGUCCGAUCAGCUUACUUGCUGACAAGCCUAGCCACACCAUAUCUCAUCCAAUCAAAAGGAAAUGUCGUCAAUAUUUCCAGCGUCGCUGCUUUCAAACCGAUAAAAGAUGUUCAAUUCUUGCCCUACUGCAUGUCGAAAGCUGCACUUGAUCAAUUCACUAGAUGUGUUGCUUUAGAACUGGGGCCAGAAGGUGUCCGUGUUAAUUCAGUGAACCCGGGUGGUACGAAGACUAAUUUUGCAGAAACUGCUGGAUUCAGCAUGGAGCAAACUCAGAAGUUAUACGAAAGUCGAGAAAAAAUUUUUCCACUUCGUAAAAUGGCACUUAGUGAAGAAGUAGCUGACCUUAUCCUUUAUCUAGCUAGCGACCGCGCUUCUAGUAUAACUGGUGCUACUUUUAUAAUAGAUAAUGGUGAAAUAUUAAUG